AUGGCAGCGGCGGCGGGGCGGGCGCGGCGGGGCGGGCGGCUGGGCGCGGCGGCGCUGGCGCUGCUGGCAUUGCUGGCAUUGCUGGCGCUGCCGGCGCUGCGGGCCGGGCACGGUGACGGUGAGCGGCAGGAGGGGUCCGCGCCGCCGCCGCGCCCGCUGCCGCCGGGCUUGCGGGAGGAGCUGCGGCAGAGACGGCGCGACCUGCGGCGGCUGGCGGCGGGCGGCGGGGAGGCGGCGGCGGGCGCGCUGGGCUGCGGCGAGCUGCGGCUGGCGAGCGGCGUGAGCGUGCUGGGCUGGGGCUUCACCAAGGUGGUGGCGCGGGCGGCGCUGGCGGGCGGCGGGGCCGUGGCGCUGAAGGCGGUGCACGGCGCGGGGCCCGAGGUGCUGCAGUGCGUGCGGCGCUACGGGGCACCCGCCGGCUGCCGCCGCCUGGCAGCCUACAAGCUGCUGAAGGAGCUGGCGCUGCUGCGGCGCCUGCGACACCCCGGCGUCGUCCAGCUGCACGGUCAGUGCUAUGAGAGCAGCGGAGAUGCUGAAAUACGGGUCACGGCCAUGCUGGAGCUGGGAUCCCCCCUGGACAUGAUUCAGCUUCUGCAGACCCCCUGGGAGGAGAGAUUCAAAAUUUGCCUGAGUCUUGUGAAGCUGCUGUUUUACUUGGCACAUUCCCCCCUGGGUUCAAUAGCCCUCUUGGAUUUCCAGCCGAGGCAGUUUGUAAUGGUGGAUGGAAACCUAAAAGUAACAGACAUGGAUGAUGCCAGCACCGAGGAACUGUCAUGCAAGGGAGAUAGUGACUGCACACUCGACUUCCCCACAAAAAGCUUCCCUCUCAAGUGCUCUGUGGCUGGGAAAUGUGAAGGAAUGAAUGAAAAGAAGAAUCUUUUCAAUGCCUAUCGGUAUUUUUUCACCUACCUUUUGCCACACUCUGCACCACUAGCUCUGCGGCCCCUUCUGAGUGAUAUUCUGAAUGCAACAGGUGAUUUACGAUAUGGAAUAAAUGAAACCCUGGCAGCUUUUGAAAAGGUUUUACACCUGUACCAGUCUGGGCUCUAUCUGCAGAAAAGACCUCUUCUUCUAAAAGACUACAUCUCCCUGAAGGGCUUCCGAACAGUGGAAGGAGAAGACUACAAGUGCUGGCCCUCCUACAGCCACCUGGGAUGCCUGCUGUCUGUCCACAGUGCCGAGGAAGCCGCUGCAAUCUGUAACUCCCAGUCGCAGUGCCAAAGCUUUACCGUCACGCAGCAGAGGACGUGGACAGGACGCCCACUUGCCUUGUUCCAGAGCAGCCUGACUGAUCUGAUCCCGGAUCCUAAUGCUGUGCUCUAUAUUAAACAAUCACCUUAGUAAGACUUACACAAGUCUGAGAAGGACUUUAAAGACAAUGAGAUCACCAAAAAAAAAAGUGGUCCUGGGAGGAGCAAACCACUGUGGAGAAUUUCAUCUGCUGAAAAGAAUGACAUACUUUGUUUUGCUUUGGGAUGGGAUCUCCAUGCCAGCUCAGAUAGAGUCAAAUGCUGCUGUGUCCUUGAUCAGAGCUCAGAGCUCUCAUCACAGCCCCACUAGCUUCUUUUAUCUGUUUCCACACUGCUGUCCCGCAGAAACAGUCCCAGUUUUAAUCAAAUGUCUCUAGCCUGUGCAAUGCCUAGCCUUGCUGUUUCGGUAACCAGUUUCUCAGCCAAGAAAUAGAAGUAGAUGCAAGGAAUCAAGCUUGAAUAGGCUUAGUUCAGUCACCUCUGAAAACCUGUGGAUAACUCACCUUGGAGAAGGCAAUGGCUCCUUCUGCAGCUGCCAACCAGGAUUUCACAGCACUGCAAAGGGAAAGGACUGCAUUUCAGCCAUGGGGCCGAGGUUGCAGGACUGGGAUGCGUAACCAGAGGUUGA